CCACCUCGAGCUCCCCCAAUGAACAUCCUCUCUGCAGUCAUCACUGAAGCCUUUGGAGUGGCCCUUGUAGGCUAUGUGGCCUCAUUGGCUCUUGCACGAGGAUCUGCCAAAAAAUUCAGAUAUUCAGUUGAUGAUAAUCAGGAACUCCUGGCCCAUGGCCUCAGCAAUGUGAUCGCUUCGUUCUUCUUCUGUAUACCAAGUGCGGCUGCCAUGGGAAGAACUGCUGGUCUCUAUAGCACAGGAGCAAAGACACAGGUGGCUUGUCUAAUAUCUUGCAUUUUUGUCCUGGUAGUCAUCUAUGCGAUAGGGCCCCUGCUUUACUGGCUGCCCAUGUGUGUUCUUGCAAGUAUUAUUGUUGUGGGACUGAAGGGAAUGCUAAUACAGUUUCGAGAUUUAAAAAAAUACUGGAAUGUGGAUAAAAUUGACUGGGGCAUAUGGGUCAGUACAUACUUAUUCACAGUAUGUUUUGCUGCCAACGUUGGGCUGCUGUUUGGUGUUGUGUGUACCGUAGCUAUCGUGAUCGGUCGCUUCCCAAGAGCAAAGACUCUGAGUACAAAAAAUAUGAAAGAAAUGGAAUUUAAAAUGAAGACAGAAAUGGAUGAUGAAACCCUGCAGCAGGUGAAAAUUAUCUCAAUAAACAACCCGCUUGUUUUUCUGAAUGCAAAGAAGUUUCAUACUGAUAUAAUGAACAUAAUCCAAAAAGAAAAUACUGGAAACCAACCACUUGAUGAAAUCAGAAAGUAUGAACAAAGCACAUUGCUCACUUCUCUGAGUGGCAUUUGCAACGAAGAAGCUACCCAGCCCUGCCUGAAUCCAAAGUGUUCUUUAAUCCUGGAUUGCAGUGGAUUGACCUUUUCUGACUAUUCUGGAGUCUCCAUGCUUGUUGAGGUUUACAUGGACUGUAAGAACAAGAGUGUGGAUGUGUCUUUGGUCCAUUGCACAGCUUCCUUGAUAAAAGCAAUGAAAUACUGUGGAAACCUAGAUUCAGAGAAACCAAUUUUUUUUGAAUCAGUGUCUGCUGCAAUAAGUAACAUGCAUCUAAAUAAGAAUUUGAGCAUACUCAGUGACCCCAGUGAAGUCUGA